UCAGCGUGGGAAUGUCACGCCACUACAGCGUAGCUUGAGCCAAAAUGUCCCACCCUUGCUGCAGUUCGUAGUAACCUUCGGGGGAGGGAUAUACGAGAGCUCUGGUACGAACUACUUCUUACUCGACUUCUAUGGAAGACUCGAUAAUGGCCUAGUCUUUGCCUGGAGAUACCCAACAGAUGUCAAAUAUAUUAUCGGUUGUUUAUCUGACACUGAGUAUGUUGGAUUUUACCCGUGGAGACGGAAUCGUGCUUGAAGAUGACGGGGAUUCCACCUGUUUGGAUGUCCAAUAUGUGCGAGACUGGAUGAGACGAGGGCUCUGUCAGGAGCCUUUGUGCAGAUUUACCUGCAGUUACUGAAGAGGACCUCUAGGCAGGUUCACACAGCUCUUGUCAGGGUGGAGUUUCUUGACCCAUGGAGAAUUACUUCCAGGCUGAGGCCUUUAACCUGGACAAGGUGCUGGACGAGUUUGAAGAGAAUGAAGAUGAUACAGACACACCGACUCUCUCAGAUGCCAAAUGGACUCAGAUUCUGGCCCCUCCAUCACACCUCUUUUCCUUGAACCCUGGAUUUACCCACUCUGACCUCAGCCCAAGAGAUAGCCCCAUCAGCUUCAAGCCUCUUCUGGAGUCCCACACCUCAGAUGGCUCCUCUUUGGCUGAGGUCACCAGGAUAGAUGGGAAACCGGGGCAGGGGCAACAGCCAGAGGACAGGAGUGAGGACCAGCCAGCAGAUGUUUACAGUCCCCCUUUGCCCCAGCCCAAUAUUGGCAAGCUGGUGAGCACUGAAGGGCAGUUUCCAGACUUGCCAUCCUCCAACAGAGUGGGGCUGGAACACCGCUAUUCAGCUAGUCCUAAUCAUAGCGGAUGUUCUGAAGACCUUCAGGCCAACAAUGAGAAAAGUCAACCUAUUACAGACCAACAAAGUUUUUUAGACACUGGGCCCUGUGAGCUUGGGACAGAGCAGAAUGGUACCAAUGAGGGAAGUGGCACUGGUCUUGAUGACUCUCAUUUCCUCUUUCCUAAGGAAGGACUUGGAAGCAGGCCAUCAGUUUUGAAGAAUGGUGUCUCAUCUGUUGAGUUGGAGGCAAGCAAGUCUGACAGUGAGGGUUCACCUGUAGGGGACCAGGAUGUUGGAAUGAGGGACUGUAAUCUUACAUUUCAGGAGGGAAGUAUUCCCCAGAAAGGGGAAACAGCAUUGCACAAAAUGGCCAAUGGCAGUGUAGACUGCUUGAGUGAGAAUCAUGAGGGUGCUUUUCAGAAUGGUGGACUGGUUAAGACUGAAAGUGAAGGGAAAGUUACUUGGACAUCACAUCAGGAAGAGAAAGACAAAAUACUUGAGAAGGACCAGGAGGGGAUCCACAGUGACACAGUUGCUGAAUCGCCCGGGGUGGAGAAGUCCCUGUCCAAUGGUCUGAUGGAACUUGAUAGAAAUGCUGACAUCCAGCCACCGGUCCCUUCAAAGGAGGACUCUGUGACAGAGGAAAAGGAGAUGGAGGAGAGCAAGCAGGAUUGUUGUGAUCCAGUUCGGGGAUCAGAAGCUGGCAGAACAUGCAAACUCAACAACAGCCGGCUGCAGCCUGUCAGCGUGUCCUAUGGUGGCGCACGGCCAAAACAAACGGUCAGUCUGAAUCUGCAAAUUCCCCAGCCUCUCUCGAGCCAAGUCCAGAAUGAAUUUGGCUCUUCUGGCAAGAACAAGAACCUAGAGCCACAGUGUAGGACAGGAGACCUUGAGUUGUCUUGUGGAGGAACAGAGGCUGGAGUAGUUCGAAUAAAUGGAGAGACUGGUGAUGGUUUAUCAGCCUUGCUCAUUCCUUCUGAGAGUCCCGACAAUGACCUUCAGGCAGACCAACAGGGAGCCUUCUCAAAGAAACCUUAUAGUUCCUUGGGGGAGGUGGCCCCUGUGUGGGUUCCUGAUUCUCAAGCACCCAUUUGCAUGAAAUGUGAGGUCAAGUUCACCUUCACUAAAAGAAGACAUCAUUGUCGGGCUUGUGGCGAGGUGUUCUGUGCAGCAUGUUGUAGUCUGAAAAGCAGGCUGAUGUACAUGGACAGGAAAGAAGCAAGGGUUUGUGUCACCUGCCACCGUGCUCUCAUUAAUGCUCAAGCAUUGGAAAAUAUGGGAGGUGGCUGCAACCAAAGCCCCAAUCCCAACAACCCAGCGGAGUACUGCUCCACUAUUCCCCCUUUGCAGCAGGCCCAGGCAUCAGGAGCACUCCGCUCCCCACCACCAACCGUUAUGGUGCCUGUCGGUGUCCUUAAACAGUCAGGAACUGAUGGUUCUCUAACUCGAGAGCAGAGAAGGGUAUGGUUUGCUGAUGGCAUUCUUCCCAAUGGAGAAGCUACAGACUCAGCUGAAGGGCCUGCGGCAAACCCCAAUCCCCCACAGCCUGUGGUUGCAUCCCAGUACUCAAGCAAAUCCUCAGGAGCCAAUGCUUCUGAGGUGGCCCAUGACCCAGUUGCACUGGCUGCCAGCCCAGUGGGCAGCUCCCUUAGUCUGAUCCCAGAGGAUGGGCUUCCUCCCAUCCUCAUCUCCACAGGCAUCAAAGGAGGUACGGGAGGCUACAUCACAGGUGCUUGCCCAUCCUCACCAUUCAGCUGCCUCCACUCCUACUAUGCUGUGGAGGAGAGGCCUUCUGAGAUUGCACUAAUGCAGCAGCUUGAGGAGGGGGGUCCUGAUCCCCUGGUCUUUGUUCUCAAUGCCAACCUGCUGGCCAUGGUCAAACUGGUCAACUAUGUGAAUAGAAAGUGCUGGUAUAUGACAACAAAGGGUAUGCAUGCUGUGGGCCAGGCAGAAGUAGUAGUGCUUCUACAGUGCCUCCCUGAUGAGAAAAGCAUUCCCAAGGACAUCUUCAGCCACUUUGUCCAGCUCUACAGAGAGGCUCUCACAGGAAAUGUGUUAAAACACCUGGGCCACUCCUUCUUCACUCAGAGCUUCCUGGGAAGCAAGGAGCAUGGUGGCUUCCUUUACAUCAGCCCCACUUUCCAGUCCCUGCAGGACCUGCCUUUACCUAACCCACCUUACGUCUUUGGCAUCUUGGUGCAGAAGUGGGAGACCCCAUGGGCCAAGGUCUUUCCCAUCCGACUUAUGCUCCGCUUGGGGGCGGAAUACAGAUUCUACCCCUGCCCGCUAUUUAGUGUUCGCUUUAGAAAACCACUUUUUGGGGAGACUGGCCAUACCAUUAUGAACUUAUUGGCGGAUUUCCGGAACUACCAGUACACGUUGCCAGUGGUGAAAGGGCUGGUGCUGGACAUGGAAGUGAGGAAGACCUGCAUCAAGAUACCCAGCAACCGUUACAAUGAGCUCAUGAAGGCAAUGAAUAAGUCUAACGAGCAUGUGCUGGCCAUGGGAGCGUGCUUCAACGAGCGGGCAGAUUCCCACCUCGUUUGUGUUCAGAAUGAUGACGGUAACUACCAGACACAGGCCAUCAGUAUUCAUCACCAGCCUCGAAAAGUGACUGGUGCCUCCUUUUUCGUGUUCAGUGGGGCUCUGAAGGCUUCAUCUGGCUUCUUAGCUAAGACCAGUAUUGUUGAAGAUGGUGUGAUGGUGCAGAUUACAGCUGAAACUAUGGAGGCCUUACGGCAAGCCCUAAGAGAGAUGAAAGAUUUCAGUAUUGCCUGUGGGAAAGCUUCUCAGGAAGAGAACAAGGAGCAGGUCCAAAUCCAAUGGGUUGAGGAUGACCACAAUGUCAACAAGGGAGUCAUCAGCCCUAUUGAUGGGAAAUCCAUGGAGUCAGUCACCAGUGUUAAGAUCUUCCAUGGCUCAGAGUAUAAGGCCAAUGGGAAAAUCAUCCGUUGGACAGAGGUGUUCUUCCUACGGAGCGAGGACCAGACUAAUGGUCCGAGCGAUCUGGCAGACCACAGCCGACUCACUGAAAACGUGGCAAGGGCUUUUUGCUUGGCCCUGUGUCCUCACCUCAAACUUCUCAAAGAGGAUGGCAUGGCCAAACUGGGCCUGCGGGUCACUUUGAAAUCUGACCAGGUGGGCUACUCAGCUGGCAGUAACGGUCAUCCACUGCUCCCACAGUACCUGAGUGAUCUCGACAGUGCCCUCAUCCCAGUGAUCCACAGUGGGGCUUGCCAGCUGAGCGAAGGGCCUGUGGUUAUGGAGCUCAUCUUCUACAUUCUGGAGAUCAUCUCCUGA